GAUGCGAACGGACGCGUCGCUCUAGGAAAAAGUAGCUAGAAAUAACACACAUAGGAAAACCUAAAGGAAGGGAAAACCAAAUAAACGUGACCGCGUGUGAAUUAAAAGACGAAGAGAAAACAACCGCAUAACAAAAUGGUAUUAAACGGCAUGCCCAUCACUAUGCCAGUUCCCGUGGCGAUACCAGUUCCCAUGCCCGUGCCCAGUCCGCCGGCCACAAAAUCAUGUGUGGCCAUCGACUGGGACAUCAACGACUCGAAGAUGCCGUCGGUGGGGGAAUUCGACGACUUCAGUGACUGGGCCAAUGGCCACUGCCGGCUCAUCUACUCGGUGCAGAGCGAUGAGGCCAGGAAGCAUGCCAGCGGUUGGGCCAUGCGCAACACCAACAACCACAACGUGAACAUCCUCAAGAAGAGCUGCCUGGGAGUGCUGCUCUGCAGUGCCAAGUGCAAGUUGCCCAAUGGAGCAAGUGUCCAUCUGCGACCCGCCAUUUGCGACAAGGCCCGAAGGAAGCAGCAGGGCAAACAGUGUCCCAAUAGAAAUUGCAAUGGCCGCUUGGAGAUCCAGGCCUGCCGCGGCCACUGCGGCUAUCCAGUCACCCACUUCUGGCGAAGGGACGGCAAUGGCAUCUACUUCCAGGCCAAGGGCACCCACGAUCACCCCAGACCCGAGGCCAAGGGAUCCACGGAGGCCAGACGCCUGUUGGCCGGAGGACGACGUGUGCGCAGUCUGGCCGUGAUGUUGGCCAGGGAGUCGGCCCUGAGCGACAAGCUGAGUAGCCUAAGACCCACGAAGAGACAGGCCAAGACUCAGUUGAUCCAGGAGAGCAAGCGCCGGAGGAUGGUCGAAACGGAGGUGUCCCAAGCCAAUCAGGAGCUACUGGCGACAGCCGGCUAUCUGCCCACAUCCACGCCCACGCACAACACCAGUUUCAGCCAAGCACAGGGAUCGUAUGGCGGCUCUGCGGGAUCAGGAUCGGUGGCAAGUCAGUGGAACGGAGAGAUGUACUACGAGCCAGAGGGAUCGGCCUAUGCCACUGGAAUGUACGCCUACGAUAUGCUCCACUCGCCCCUCUCCGCGCACAGUUCCACGGGCAGUUACUACCAGGAGAACCUCCCGCAGCAACUGCAACAUCAGCAGCAGCAACCGCAGCAACUCUCCCCGCAGCAACAUGUGCCGGCCAACUAUGAUCAGCCGAUCCCCGCGAGCUUCCAGUGCGGAAUGCCCUUGUACGAGAGCUGCGACGACACCUCCAGUUUGACCAGCAGUUCGGGGUACAGCUCCGAGGAUUACGGGUACUUCAACGGAUACCUGCCCAACUCGCUGGACGUGAGUAAUGGAAGCCAGAGCCAGACGACUGCCAGCCAGGAGGGCAGUUUCUACACCACCAGCUCCGAGAUCUUCAGUGUGUUCGAGUCGACACUGAAUGGCGGAGGAGCCAGUGCGGUGGAUCUGCUCUAUGACGAAGCCACCGCCUACCAGCAACACCAGCAACAGGCCAGCUUCCUGCCCCUCGCCAGCUACCCACAGGAGCCGCAGGAUCAGCUGCAGUCCGCCGACUACUACUACAGCAACUCGGGAGUGGACAACGGGUGGAACAUCCAGAUGGACUCCACAUAUCACUCGGUUGCCAGCUCCGAUCCCGUCUACUGCUAGGGGAUCGGGAUGAGGAGGAGGAGGAGCCUGCCCUUUAGAUCUCUCACCGCAACUACUAUUACUGAGCCACUCAAGCGUUGUUCUAGUCCCUAGUUGAAUCCCACUCAUGUUCCCAUUGCUUGUUGGUCCUAUUAUUACGUAUGAAAUAUUGUAUUGAACGUUUCUAGUUUGUACUCUUGUACUUGUUUCCCAGCUAUUCCAAAGUUUUAGAGCGUGUAAGAAUAAUAAUUAUAUCCUUUAAGAGUAACCAUAUAGAGUGUUAAGACACAUUUCCCACCUAUUUAUGAACUUUUGUGUAGUAAUAAACAUUUUUUGAAAAAACCUGAA